CCUUUCAAAAAGAACGACAGCGCUCCAGGGGAUUGUCGUCGGUGCGCACACUGCCGAACUGAGAGACGCUUUGCAAGACGCGCUUCAUACACUUUUCUCAUUUUAUGCACACAGUCUGGCCCAGUGCAUGAAACAGAUCCCAAACUAUGAGCUGAGCACAUAAGAGCUGUGGCACAACGCGAUGAAGGCUCUUCAGUAAUUCGCCGGCGGUCGUGUAAACGCAAAGAGGACAUGGGAACGGCGGGCGAGGAUCUGCUCGUGACACUCCAGAUACUGCCCGGUUUCUUUUCCAACUGUCUCUUCCUUGCCCUGUACGACUCAGUGGUGCUGGUGAAGCGCGUCGUUUCGCUGCUCAGCUGCUCUCGGUCCGCCGGCUGCGGAGAGUGGCGCCGCAUGCUGACCUCGGCGGGGCUGCGCUCUGUCUGGAAUAGCUUCCUCCUGGACGCCUAUAAGCAGGUGAAACUUGGCUGUGAGGCACCCAAUUCCAAAGUGGUGAAGGUGCCUGAUGGCCCUCGGUGGAGCAGCACCAUCAGGAUCCAAAAUGGGGGUGAGUGCCGCCUUCUGGAUUUUGAGUCAUCAGAUCGCCCCCUGGUGGUCAACUUUGGCUCAGCCACCUGACCCCCCUUCAUCAGCCACCUGCCAGCUUUCCGGCAGUUAGUGGAAGACUUCAGCGAUGUGGCUGAUUUUUUGUUAGUGUACAUCGAUGAGGCUCACCCAUCUGAUGGCUGGGUGGCUCCUCCAAUGGGUCCUUGCUCUUUCAAUUUCCGGAAACACCAGAACCUGGAGGAAAGACUGGGAGCGGCACGUAAACUCACUGAGCACUUUUCCCUACCACCGCAGUGUCAACUAGUCGCCGACUGCAUGGACAACAAUGCUAAUGUGGCUUAUGGUGUGUCCUAUGAACGGGUGUGUAUAGUACAACAAAAAAAAAUUGCCUACCUGGGCGGCAAAGGGCCAUUUUUUUACAAUCUGAAGGAUGUGCGGCAGUGGCUGGAACAGAGCUAUGGUAGACGGUAGGAGUACCUAAGGACAAGUUGAGAGGAAGACAAGUGCCUUUUCAAAGUUUGGAAAACUUAUUUGGUUUUGUAUAAGCAUAAAAAGAAAAGUGAAAUGAUGUGAUAUGAUGGUAUCAUUUACAUAACGCUAGUAUGAAUUCUUAAAUUGCAAAGGAAACAUUUUGGUUUGCAUUUGAAAUCAGACAAUUUCACACACCAUUUCAUAGAAACUGAGAUGAACGUGACCUGUAGUGAUGAUCCACAUUAGCAAGCUUAUCAGAGGCAGCAUAUGAAGCUGUCACUGUAUAUGUUUCAUCUGGAUUUGUGCCCUCUUUUUGCUGCUAAAAUCAUUUUUUGUAUGAUUUCCAAAUGAAUGAUGGAAAUCAAUAAUCUCCAUUUCACCCACCCCCCCCACCCCCUUUUUUGCAUAUUCUUAUGGCAAUAUAAAUGUUAGAUUUUAUAGACCAUGUUUUUACACCGGUCAGGCACCAGAUUCUGCUGACUGAAUUGAACUGAACAGGUAGUGAUCAAUGUGCUGCUGUGAAACUUUGAGUCCUCACAUUAACAUACUCUGACCAGCACCUGCCCCAUGGUAAUUGCACUCCCCACUAACAAUAGUCUUCCAAAGCAGGACACUGCAAUAAAGGAAUGAGACACAAGAAAGAAGCUCAGAAAACAAACAAUCCAAUUGUUGCUAUGCAGUGGCAGAAACCCGAUCCACAGAGGCUCUGCUCCACAAAACACAGGACCCGAAGUACACGUGACGAGGUCCCAUAUCGAUGCCCUGACUGGUCAAAGCUCUUUUUGUGGUGUGAAGGGGACCUACAAUAUAUCAUGUGGAUUUAAUGUUGAAGCUCACUGGUAUAUGUUUUAAUGCACAACUCAAUAUAUAAGAACAAACUGUUUUCCACUGAGAUCUUCUGUUUACUUCCUGAUAUUGAAAGAGAUCAAAGUAGAUUUAAUGUGGCUUUUUCACACUGACCAAUAGAAAAUAGUUUAAUGUAAAAAGUAAAACAGAUCUCAUUGUCAGCAGUCCAGAAACGGUAGGGUAGCCUGUCUAUCUGUCUGCUGACAAUAAAUUAUUGUAACAAUAACUGGAAUAAAUAAGUAUAUUUAUGAACCUUUUUCAUAAAUAUACUUGCCGGCUAUCAGAGGAACCAGUGAAAUUCUCAGUCCAGCAUCAACUGCUGACUAGAACACUGCAUAAUGAGAAAGUGCUAAUGAAAAUAUACAUGCACAAAAAUAUCUAAAAGGUGAUUAGACAGAAUGGUGAUGUCCAUCUUGGCCACUGCAUUUAAGAUGGCAGUGCAAGACUGUGGCAAACCAGGGCCUGCAGCUAUGUAUUUUUAAUGGAUUAAGUCUAAGUUUGUGAGAACGCAUCAGUUUGUUUGAAGACGUAAUUGAACACUCAUCAAUGUUUAUUUUAUGAAAUUCUUUUUUUUUCUAUUAAAUAACUCCACAAAAUUACUUCCUGUACCUUUUAGUGUCUAUAGCAUUUUCACUUUUCUAAAACCUAAAUUGAAGGGCUUUUCAUCGAAGAAAUGUAAUGCAAAAUUGAAUGUACAACUUUAUUUGAAAUGCUACGUCUUCCAGUUUCCAGGCCAAGCCUUUUAAAUUGGUAAAUGGUAAAUGGACUGGUUCUUAUAUAGCACUUUUCUAUUCGAGCACUCAAAGAGCUUUAUACAACAUGCCUCUUUCAUCCAUCCACACCAAUUCAUGCAAGCAUUUUUUUCUACACACAUCAUUUCUAUCAUUCACACACAUCCACAGUCUGACGAAUGCAUUGGAGAGCAAUUUGGGAUUCAGUGUCUUACCUAAGGAUACUUUGGCAUCCAGACCGGAGCAGCCAAGGAUCAAACCACCGACCUAAAGAGCUACAGCCACCCCAAAUGGUUGUUGCUCAGGAAGCUCAGGGUUUAGUGUGGGGUUACAUCAGAACCAAACACCAACUCUGACCAGGUCACAGGUGAUUUGGUGGAUGUUAAGGAAUUAGUUUUCCAGUUUAGCUUUGACUUCCUGGGCUUAUUAUCUUGCUGGAAAACAAAGCUUUUCUCCAGUACCAUGUAUCUUGCAUCACAUCUUUCUUCUGGGUUUCUUCUUUUCUCACUUUCUUACUACUCUCCUGGAAAGAUUUACUUUACUUUUGCUCAAAAGUGUGAGAGCUUAAUAUCUGUACUAAAGUAUAAAGGCAGUUAUUCAUAUUAAAGUCCAAGGCUUAUAUGCAGUGUUUUAAUUUCUCCAAACAGAACACUUCUCAUUUACAAAGAAAGUUCUGUUUUUUGAUUACAAAAUACUGUUCCUACAGCUCUCUAACUUGUCUAUGUGGCCUUUGGCUGUGGGAAGAGUGAGUAAAAACUCAUUGAAACUAAGGAUAAAAACAGAAUAAAAAAUCUAGCACCAUGCUCAGACCUCAUCACAUGGACAUUUGGCUUUUUAAAGAAGGACAUUUUAUUCAGUGACUGGCAUUGAGAGGAUGUUGCUCUUUCAUACACUCCUUCUAAUAUGGUCCAUUGUUCAAAUCACAGAAGUUUUAUAGACACAACUUGUAGACUAAGUGGAGCUGAAUGGAUGUUCAGUGACCUUCAGAUUUCUUCUCUCCCUCCUUUUACUUUGCUUGUUUUUUAUAUCUCUAGCAUAUAGUUUUAUAUCUUCAUGCAUUGCUUCUGACUCUCCAAAAGUUAGCUCUGCAAUUAACUGAAGCCCCUUGAGAGAAUAAUUAAUUCCCUUCUUUUUACUUCUUAAACUUUUUGUGUCCAUUUCAGGAAGAAAUAGUGCUGUUACCUUUUAAGCAGAUGUAAUAGUAGUCAUUCAAAUAACUUCUCAAAAAGUAACUAUAAUGACUUAUUACACACCCUUGAACGUUCUUUUCCACUCAGCACUUUGGUACAUUAUCAUUAACUGCCUUCGCUGUUGGUCGUACUGAGAUAACAGAGACGUUAUAUGAGCCGUUUAGACGUGGCAGUCAAAGAAGUGAAAAGUCUGCAACAGCACUGAUGUUGGCAGAAGUAUAACUUUAAACUUUAUUCUAUGAAAAAGUUAGCAAACCAUAAACGGGAUUUUUACAAUCAUUAAAAUUAAAGUUGAUUUGGAGAACUGAUCACGUAACAUCCUUUGUAGAAUAAACUUGCAUCUAGAAGGACUUUGGCAAGUAAAAUGUUAUCAAAUUAGCAAAAUAUUCAUGAAUGGAGUGUAUUUGAUGGAAUAAAUCUUUUAAUUAUUAUUAUUUUUGUUACUAUACAAGUCAGGAAUUAUUAGCAAGGCUCAAUAAUUUUAUUUGAAUUAUAUUGUAUUUGUAAUCAAAGCUUCGGUGGGUGUAAGUCUCAAAAAGAAAAACAUUUGAAAAUAAACAAUCCUAGAGCUCUCCCUUCUCAAAGCACUGCUUACUUUUAGCUAAAACUCUGCUCUCCAUAAAAGUUGUCUGCAUUGCACUGCUUCUUCCUCUCUGGACUUUCUAUUACUUUUUAAUACUCACUUGAUGUGAUUUAAGAGGACCUGGGAUUGGCUGAUGUGUGUAGUUGUAACUAGAUAAAAUAAAGCCCAGAGAAGGUGGAGUACUCUAGUUCCCUCUUUAACAUUUUGAGUAACAACAUGGUGAAAGAUUAUUAUUGCUACAUACCCAGCUUUACCUGAGAUUAUUUUGGAAAAAUCUGUUUUAACUAAAGGGUGUAACAGCCACAUUAAAUCUAACAAAUCUAGUUUGAUUCAGUGUUGAUGAACACUGAACGUCCUCCAAAAAUAUUGUGUAGGCACAGUGAAUAACUGCAUGCACAGAUUACCAUUAAACGCCUCUGAUCAUAACUGGAUGCUUAAUUUGCAUGUAGCUAGAGACCGAAGUACCCCAACCAUUGUAGAAAUCACAUUUACAUAUUAUAAAAUUGUUUUGCAUGGUUUGUAUAGGAAGAAGCACCUUUGUUGACUUAAGGACAAGUUUGGGAGGUCCCACGGGCUGGUAUUAGGCAGAAAUGAUAGGUAGAUGCUCAGGGUGGAUUAUAGGUAUUAACAUGUACAGAAUUUAAUAUCAGCAAAUGAAGCUUGUAUCCUGAGUCCUGGAUGUUGUGUACUGAAAGUUGAAUGCUUUGGCUAAGUUUUGUGAAGUGGCACUUUUGUUAAUCUUUUAAGUCAGGUUGCCAGUGAACUAGUUAGGGUUAGAGUUAGGUUGCAUUUAGCUACAUGCUAAGCGGUCACAAUUUCAGAAACUAGGAGAUAUAUAUAUAUAUAUAAUGUGUGAAAAUCCUUAUAAAGGGGUAGCAGUAAAUGUAAUCCUAACCCUAUACUUGUCACUGAUGACUUGGUGGAUGUUAAUAUGCCCGUUGCUUCAUCCAUGUCAGUUCCUUUUCAUGCUCUGUGAGAAAUGGGCUUAGUGAUCAACCUUUUUUUCUUUCACCUUCAGAUAAAUAACAUUCAUUACUAACAGAAAUGCAUUAUACUUUGUAGCUGAACUUCCAGAGAUCAUAUUAGGAUCGUGGUUAAAACUGUUGUUAGCUAGCAGUUACUCUGACGACAGGUGAGAGGCAAUGGGAGCUUUUAGAAUGCCUGCAGGUGUUUUUUUUUUUUUUUUUUUUGUUCCAUUUUUUUUUGGUCUAUAAACAAACUGUCACUUAAGCUCAAACUGUGACCAAGCUGUCACAAACAGUAAAUAAUCUGCACCUUGAGUAGCUUGUCCUCCAUUUACAAGAGCAGUGCUGUCAAUUCUGAAGUUAAUCUGAUUUUUAAAAAAUUUCCUCACAGUGGCAAAGAAUGCCUUACUGUUUAAUUCAGUUCACUGUUGUCGUUUAUCUUAGAAAUAUAUCUCAGGAUCCUACUCGGAGCUCUCCGUCUCAUGUCUUAUGAACAAGACUCAAUGGAGAUUAUUUGCAUUUUUAAAUACAUACUAAACAGUUUAGUGUAGGUGUUAUUUCAGAUUCAUAUCUUUAGAUUUAAUUUUAACAUGAAACCAUUAAACAUUCUUAAAUGUUUUCAUAUUCUCAAAAUAUUAAUAGUUGAAGUUCAAUAACAUUGUGAGCUUAUGAGUGAUCAAGAUUUGGAACAUGUCAAGAUGAUUGUUUUGAAAUGAAAGCUCCUCAGAACAGAUGGUUUGUUCUGGUCACUGUGACACAGGUGUGCAAAUGAAAACCUUAGAUGAAAGAGUCCCCAACUCAGUCUCUGGUUGGAUAGAAAACGGCACCUGGUCAAUAUGACACAGAUCCAUUGCAUCUGUUUUCAUUGUUAAUCUGCUUGUGUCUCAAUAACUGAUAUAGACAACUCUAUUUUCCAUUUUGUUUACUGUGCUUUUUCAUUAUUGUAGGCUUAAUGUUUAUUUUUAUAUGUCAAAGGAAAAAAACAAGUGGAAAAUAAAGACAAAUGUGUUCUUGUG